AUGCCGUCCCUCUCCAUCGGGAGCCCCGAGUACUCCUCGUUCAUCCGCUCAAUGGCCACGUCGGCUGCUGCCUCUGCCUCCGCCGCCACCGGCGCCGCCGAGCCAUCUUCUCAAGAACUGCAGCUGCACCCGGCUGUGCCGCUGCUGCCCGGCUUGCCCGCGCCGGUAUAUGGCCCACACGGCCAAGCGCCGUUCCUGGACCCCGAUAACGAGCAGGCUGCAAUGACGCAGGCAAUUCUCGCCGUCAUCUCCUCCUCCGCGCCGCCACCGCCGGCGUCCAUCGCCGUGCCUCCGGCGUCCUCCUUCAGGGCGUACAACGCGGCGCUCUCGCCGCGGGCGCGGCCACGGCCGGGCGCGCCGGGGCAGAGGAUGAUCAAGACGGCCAUCGCGCUCAUGGCGAGCGUGCAAAUGGCAAUGCGCCACCGGGAGCUCGCAGAAGCGCGCCAACAUGAGGAUGCCUCUGCCGCCGCGCAGCCGCACCCGCCGACGCAGCAGCAGCACACCAGCAGCCAGCUUCACCACAUGUUCUCGGAGCGGCGCCGGCGCGAGCGCCUGAACGAGAGCUUCCAGACUCUCAGAGCACUGCUCCCUCUUGGAACAAAGAAGGACAAGGCCACGGUUCUUGCAAACACGACGGAGUACAUGAACAAGCUGAUCGCCGAAGUGUCGGAGCUCGAGGAGAGGAACCGGAGGUUGGAGGCGCAGCUUGGCCUGCUGCCCGGCGAGACCCAGCAAACGCCAAGCGACGACGACCCACCGCAGAGAGUGGCCGUUGAUGUGACCACCGCCGCAUCGACCUCGAGUUCAACGUCCUGUCAACCUCAGGAGGUGAGCAUUAGGGUGACGGUGCGGGCUGAGUGCGAUCUGUCGGAGGUUGUGGUCGCCAUGCUCGCCCGGAUCAAGGAGAUGGGGCGCUUCACCGUGGCGACCGUCGAUGCUCGGCAGCGGAGCAGCGACCAUGCACAAGUCGGCAUCACAUUGCGAGCCACGGGUGGUAACGACGAGCUCGACGAGACAUCCCUCAAGGAAGCUGUGGCGAAGGCCGUCGAGGAUGCGGUGGCAAGACCUCCAUCGCCGCCGUAG